AUGGCUGCUGCGGGGGGUCACAUCCAGCGUCUCCGUGAUGAAGCCACUUGCUCCAUCUGCCUGGAAUACUUCAAGGAUCCAGUGACCAUCCCAGAGUGUGGGCACAACUUCUGCCAAUCCUGCUUGAUCCAGUGCUGGGGGGAAUCGGAGGCAGAGGCUUCCUGCCCUCAGUGCAGAGAAAGAGUCCAGAGAAGGAGCCUCAUCCCCAACCGGCAAUUGGCUAAUAUGGUAGAAAUAGCCAAGAAUCUCAGCCUUCAGGAGGGAAAGGAGGAAGGAGGGAAAGGAGGAGUCUGCGAGGAUCACCAGGAGCCCCUGAAGCUCUUCUGCAAAGUCCACGAAGCCCCCAUCUGCCUGGUGUGUGACAGAUCAAAGGAACAUGAAAAUCACAAGGUGAUUCCUCUGAAGGAGGCUUUUGAGGAAUACAAGGUAGGAGAUCCCUGGAUCUUGAGGGGGAGAAAUAGCUGUGGAGUCAUCUUGGGAGGUUUUCUUUUUAAUUCUCAGGUCCAAAGUAGGCGUGGCAUUAAUUGGUGGUGGUUUAUUAUAUAAAAAGCAGCCUGAGGGCUCCUGGGAUGACUGGGAUGAGGGAGUUGAAGUCUUUCUCUCUGCCAGAAAGGGUUAACCUCAUUCACAUCCCGCAGCUGGUUGCUUUGUAAAUAUUUAGAACACUACAAAUCUGCCAGGAUUUGUGGACUUUGUUCCCGUUGCCUGGGGGAUCCCGGCCACGUCAGAGCCCGGCCAGCCAAUCCGGUGGCCAGGGCAGUUUAAACCGAGGAGCAGCCAGAGGACUUCCUCUUUGGCUCGCUUCCUCAAUCACCCGCCUUCCCUCCCUAUUCGCAGGUUAGGCACUGGCCUUGCUAUGGACUUCGGUUGGUUGCCUUGGUUGUCCAAGGGGCCUGGUAGGAAUUUUUCCACUUGGCAAAUUGGCGCUGGCCACUUGGUUUUUGCCCACCUCACAACUUUGUUAAGGUUGUGGUUAGGCAUUGUUUGACCUUGUGUGGGGGAGGGGAGGUGUGGCCACCACCUGCCCCUCCAUGCUUAAGGGUAUUCUGUUAAAGGAAUCUGGGGGUCUUGAUCUUGUCCAAAGCCCGGUUGGGGGCUAGGGACUUGACACGACCCCGACGGGAACACCAGGGGGAGAUUGAGUUGAUUCGCUUCAACAGGGCUCCCCCUACUGGGGACCUACCCUUACUGGACUUCCGGCACAGCGGGCAGGAGCCAGAUAUAGUCAGGGCCAAUCAAUACCUAAGCCAAUGCCGCUCACAUUCUGUAAUUCAAUAAAGUUGUGGCCAAAAUUUGCCCAAUAACAUAAACCUAAUAUCUGUGUCCUUGUGUGAGUUAUUUCCCAAUGAGGGGGUAGCUGCAGGGUCUCGACACGCAAAUGUAAAUUGCACAUACACAACUAAGUGCAUGUCUCCUUUGGCUAGCAGAAUGCCUCCUCAAUGCCCUGCAAAGCAGAUAGUAGCAAGGGAUCAGUUACAGGGGGGGGGGGGCAGUGGCCAGGAAUUGACCAGACAGUGCAGGAUCCCCCCUAGGAGUGGGGUGGUGGUGGAAGCACCUACUGGUGGGGAGCACGCUUAUUCUGGGUGUGCUGUGGGGCCUGUGCAAUGAGGUUUCAGGGGGGUGAGGUCUCUGAGGAUCUCCUCCCAUCCCAAAAGGCAAAGGAUUCAGUGGUUCAGAGUAGCAUCUGCAAAUAAAUGUCUCCCUGGGAAUAUAAUAGAUAUUCUGGAAAAACUAGAAGUGAAUAUAAAUAUUAAAGCAGUUUUGAUAUUUGUGGAUGCGGAGAAAGCUUUUGACAAUAUCUCUUGGAGUUUUAUGAAGAAGAACUUACAUGGGAUGGGGGUAGGCCAAGGCUUUGAAAAUGGUAUAGGUGCAAUAUACUCUGAACAAAAGGCUAAAUUAAUUGUAAAUAAUGUGGUUACGGAAGAAUUUAAAAUAGAAAAAGGGACACGACAGGGGUGCCCAAUCUCCCCACUGCUUUUUAUAUCGGUCCUGGAGGUUUUGCUAAACAUGAUCAGAAGGGACCGGAUGGUUAAAGGUAUACAGGUCGGAACUAAACAAUAUAAAUUGAGAGCAUUUGCAGAUGACUUAGUAUUAACGUUUCAGGAGCCAGAAUCUAGUACAAAAAGGGUUUUAGAAUUAAUUCAGGAAUUUGGUCAAGUGGCAGGUUUUAAACUGAAUAAGUUAAAAACCAAGGUUUUAGAGAAAAAUUUAACACCAAUCGAAAAAGAUAGGUUUCAGAAGGAGACAGGAUUGAAUGUGGUAAAGAAAGUGAAAUACUUGGGGAUUAAUAUGACAGCAAAAAAUGUGAACCUAUUUAAAGAUAAUUAUGAAAAAUGCUGGGCUGAAGUGAAAAAAGAUCUAGAAAUUUGGUCAAAUUUGAAGCUUUCAUUGUUGGGCCGAAUUGCUACGAUAAAGAUGAAUGUAUUGCCGUGAAUGUUGUUUUUAUUUCAGACAUUGCAAAUUGUGGACAAGAUGGACUGUUUUAAGAAGUGGCAGAGAGAUAUUUCUAGAUUUGUCUGGCAGGGCAAGAAGCCCAGAAUAAAAUUUAAGAUAUUGACAGAUGUAAAGGAAAGGGGUGGAUUUGCCCUGCCAGACCUUAAACUUUAUUAUGAAUCAGCAACUUUUUGCUGGUUGAAAGAAUGGCUACUUCUUGAAAACACAGACAUUUUGGACUUAGAAGGUUUUCACAAUGUAUUUGGAUGGCAUGCAUAUUUAUGGUAUGACAAGGUCAAAGCCCAUAAAGCAUUUAAAAAUCAUAUUGUCAGGAAAGCUUUGCUUAAUGUCUGGAUAAGAUAUAAGGACUUGCUGGAAAACAAAACCCCAAGGUGGCUGUCACCAAUGGAAGCAAAAGCUUUGAAAAGGCUCAAUAUGGAGGCCAAAUGGCCGACAUAUUGUGAAAUUUUGGAACAAGAAGGAGAUAAAUUGAAAUUGCAGAGUUUUGAAAAAUUAAAAAACAAAGUGAGAGACUGGCUUCAUUACUAUCAGAUAAUGGAGGCAUAUAAUUUGGAUAAGAAGAUUGGCUUCCAGGUGGAAAAGUCAAAAUUAGAAACAGAACUGUUAGAACCCAAAACUAAGAAUUUGUCAAGAAUGUAUAACCUGCUGUUGAAAUGGAAUACUCAGGAUGAAACGGUGAAAUCUGUUAUGAUCAAAUGGGCACAGGAUGUUGGACAUAAUAUUAUGUUUGCUGACUGGGAACAGUUAUGGACCACAGGUAUAAAGUUUACGGCAUGUAAUGCCUUAAGAGAGAAUAUUAUGAAAAUGAUAUACAGGUGGUACAUGACCCCAGUCAAGCUUGCAAAAAUUUAUCAUUUGUCCGAUAACAAAUGUUGGAAAUGUAAAGAAGUUGAAGGUACAUUCUUUCACCACUGGUGGACGUGCCCAAAGAUUAAGGCUUUCUGGGAAAUGAUAUAUAAUGAACUGAAUAAAAAAAAGUUUAUGAAGGUCUUUUGGUCUUUUGGCAAACUGUUUGGGGCUGCAGGGACUUUAAUGGCGAAUAAAUUUCUUUACUUUCUAUGAACUACAGUAAUACUCCCCCUAGUGGGGUUUUGGAUUUACAAGUGCCUGGGAACAAACUUUAUUUUGACUCUCUGCUGCCUUGUUAUUUACACUUUGGAACUGUCUUUCCCAUGGGACAAUAUACAAUUUGACCUUGACUCAUAGACAGGUGUGGAAUGAGUGGCCAACCGAAAACAAGAUCUGCUAAAACGAAAGCAAGACAAGCCCAACUUGUGCAAACAACUUUGACUACUCAGUCACGUAGAUCAUCUGUCCCAGCUGUUUUGGGAGUACAAGAAAAGGAAGCUGCACAGCCUGCAUCAGAGGAUAUGGCUGAAGGAGGAUCUGAUACCUUCCUAAAACAAAUGCUAGAUCAAUUUGCAAUCUUGAAUAAGAAGGUGGAUGACCAAUCGGCAAAAAUUGAUCAAGCCACAUCCUCUAUUACUAAACUGUCUGACCAAGUUGCACAACAUACACAAGUUAUUGGGAAUCUCAAGGAAGCAACUGUGGAAAAUCGGAGACUGGCUGAGGCAGCCAACGAAAAAGCAGAACAAGCAAACCAGAAAGUUGAGGCUAUAAAAGGGGAGGUAAGGCCGCUACACAAGCACAUCAGUGACCAGCAGGCCUACCUGUCUAUGGUGGAAUUGAGAAACCGGGAAAAUAAUCUGAGACUAAGAGCUAUCCCAGAGCUCGAAUAGGAAGAUUUGAUUGGUUAUCUGACAGCAGAAUUUUCUAAGUUCUGGGGUAUAGAAGAGGACAAAGAUUUCAAGAUUACAACUGCGUUUAGAUUGGGAAGAGUCGUGAGGAAGGACAGGCCCAGAGACUGUCUGAUUAUUUUGAGAUCCAAGCAGGAGAGAGACAAAAUACUAGGCCUCCAUUUCAAGAAAGCACUUGAUAUUCAAGGCAAAAGAGCAGAAUUUUACAGAGAUAUUCCUAAACAACUUUUGGACCUUAGAGCUACAUAUACAGACCUAGCAAGACUGUUGAGAGGUAACGCGAUUCCUUACAGGUGGGAGUUCCCCCAAGGUUUAUCUUUCAACUUUAAAGGAAAGAAAGUUAAAAUUAAAACAACAGAAGAUAACCAGAAGUUCCUGCACGACCACGGAGAAGACCUUCAGAAGGGAGCAGUAGCUUCUUGGCCACCGCCACCGCCUGGAAUAGUACAGACACCUACACCCUCGGGCUCAGAAGAAAAGGAAGACACCCCACUAUAGGAACAACAGAUUGAUUCAGGAUGUCUCUGCAGCUGUACAGUUGGAAUAUAAAUGGCGGGAAUUCCCCGGAAAAAAGAAGAAGGAUUUUCCAUAUUUUGAAAAAGGAACAAUUGGAUAUUAUCUGCUUGCAGGAAACGCAUGUGACUAGACUCCACAGGAAAGUGCUAAUUAACAAAAGACUAGGUCAAGAAUUUAUUUCAUCAGAUAGAGUCAAAAAAAGAGGCGUGGUGAUCUACGCAAAGGAGAACUUGUCACCGAAAUUUUUAUUUAAAGAUGAGCAAGGAAGAAUUUUGGCAAUUGAAAUUCAAACACGGAGAAAAAUUUUUGAUAUUAGGAAUUUAUGCACCAAAUGAGGGGAAAUCGGAAUUUUACAAGAAGCUGCAUGAGAUAAUGCUGGACUAUCUGGACUAUACCAACAUCAUAAUGAUGGGCGACAUGAAUGGGGUGGUGUCUACUCACAUGGAUAAGUCACAAAAUCAAAAUUUAACCAAAGACGGCAGACUACCUAAAACCUUUUUUGAACUAACUGACAACAUGGACUUGAUUGACAUCUGGAGGACAAGGAACCCCUUAGGUAAAGAAGGAACAUUCUUUUCUGAGGCCCACCUGUCAUGGACAAGAAUCGACCAAAUAUGGACAACUAGAGGGCUGGCACCUAAGACUAGAAAAGUGGAAAUCUGCCCAAAGACUUGCUCCGACCAUAACGCCUUGAAAGUGGAAUUGAGACUUACUCCAACCGGUUCUUUCAGAUGGAAAAUGAAUGACACCCUACUAAGAGAUCAGGAGAUUGUGAAGAAGGCCCAAAAAACUUUAAAGGAUUAUUUUGAAAUCAAUUUGAACACCUCGGUGGAAAAGAGAACAGUCUGGGACGCAAGUAAAGCAGUAAUGAGAGGGUUUCUGAUACAACAGAACACAAUCAAGAAAAAACUUUGGAAUGAAAAAAAGGACAGGAUAUUAGAGAAGAUAAGAGACGGAGAGAAAAAACUGAGACUAAAACCAAAAUCAAAAGAGGUUUUAAGAGAAAUCAAAUUCCACCAAGCACAAUAUGCGAAAUUGAUAAACCAAGAAGUGGAAUGAAAAAUUAAACAAAUGAAACAAAGAUCAUUUGAAUCGGCGAAUAAAUGUGGAAAACUGCUAGCAUGGCAGUUGAAAAAGAGACAAAAACUGAACUUUGUUACUAAUCUAGAGGUGGAAGGGAGAAAUAUUCAGAAACCAGAAGAAAUUAGAAAGUGUUUCCAGAAAUAUUUCAAAAAACUCUACACACAAGGGCCUCAGGAAGUGUCUGAGAUAGACCAAUUCUUAAAAGUUAAUGGUCUACCAAAACUAUCUCAGGAGAAGAGGACAAUCUUGAAUUACAGAAUAACACAACAGGAAAUCGAGGGUGCCAUUCAGAAUAUGCAACUAGGCAAAUCUCCAGGCCCAGAUGGACUCACCUCCAAGUACUAUAAGACACUAAAAGACUACUUGAUACAACCACUAAUGGAGGUUUGUAACCAGAUUAUGGAGGGGAGGAAGGCACCGGAAACGUGGAAAGAAGCUUUCAUCACAUUGAUACCGAAACUGGAAACUGAAAAGACUCAGCUUAAGAACUACCGUCCCAUCUCACUCCUAAAUGUGGAUUACAAAAUCUUUGCUGAUAUUUUGGCAAGUAGACUUAAAAAAAUACUUAAUGAAGUAAUUCACAAGGACCAGGCAGGCUUUCUCCCAGGGAGACAUCUGUUUGAUAAUACCAGGAACAUUAUUGAUAUUUUGGAACUUUUACAAACUAAUAUCAAUACGAAAGCUGUGUUAAUUUUUAUCGACGCGGAGAAGGCCUUUGACAACAUUUCUUGGAUGUUUAUGAAGAGAAACUUGGAAGGGAUGGGAGUGGGACGGGGGUUUGAAAAUGGAAUAGAAGCAAUUUAUUCUGAGCAAAAAGCUAAACUGAUAGUGAACAAUGUGGUGACAGAUGAGUUCAAAAUUGAAAAAGGGACACGACAGGGGUGCCCCCUAUCCCCUCUUUUAUUUAUUUCAGUCCUGGAGGUGCUAUUGAACAUGAUUAGGGAGGACCGGUCGAUACAAGGAAUACAGGUCGGAGUGAAACAAUAUAAACUGAAAGCUUUUGCAGAUGAUUUGGUUUUAACAUUACAGGAGCCAGAAUCUAGUACAAAAAGAGUAUUAGAACUGAUUCAUGAGUUUGGUCGGGUGGCGGGAUUUAAGUUGAAUAAGCAAAAAACCAAGGUUUUGGGGAAAAACUUGACAUCUUCAGAAAUAGAUGGGUUUCAGAAGGAGACAGAAUUAAGUGUGGUAAAAAAAGUGAAAUACCUAGGGGUUCAUUUGUCUGCUAAAAAUUUGAAUUUAUUUAAAGACAAUUAUGAAAAAUGUUGGUUGGAAAUCAAAAAAGAUUUGGAAACUUGGUCAAGAUUGAAACUUUCCUUGUUGGGUCGAAUUGCAGCUAUAAAAAUGAAUGUAUUGCCGAAAAUGUUAUUUUUGUUUCAAACCCUACAGAUUGUGGACAGAGUGGAAUGUUUUGGAAAGUGGCAGAAGGAUAUUUCUAAGUUUGUUUGGCAGGGCAAAAAGCCCCGAAUAAAGUUUAAAAUACUAACUGAUGCAAAAGAAAGAGGGGGGGUUUGCCCUGCCAGACUUAAGGUUAUACUACGAAGCUGCAGCCUUCUGCUGGAUGAAAGACUGGUUACUUUUAGAGAACACUGAUGUCCUAGAUCUGGAAGGGUUUAAUAAUUCGUUAGGAUGGCAUGCAUAUUUGUGGUACGACAAGGUAAGGACUCACAAAAUGUUCAAAAACCAUAUUGUCAGAAAAGCAAUAUUUAUGGUCUGGACAAAAUAUAAAGACUUAUUAGAAAGUAAGACCCCGAGGUGGGUAUCACCAGUGGAGGCCAAGGCUUGGAAAAAACCCAAUAUGGAGGCCGGCUGGCUGAAAUAUGGGGAAAUAAUAGAAAAAACUGGUGACAAUUGGAGGUUACAGAGCUAUGAAAAACUAAAGAAUAAGGUGCAAGAUUGGUUUCAUUAUGCUCAAAUUCAAGAGGUUUUUAAGUUGGAUAAAAAAAUAGGAUUCCAGGAGGAAAAAUCGAAACUAGAGACAGAACUGUUAGAACCAAAGACUAAGGUACUUUCGAGAAUGUAUAACUUGCUGCUUAAAUGGAACACUCAGGAUGAGACAGUCAAAUCAGCCAUGAUAAAAUGGGCUCAAGACAUUGGGUACAACAUUAUGUUUGAAGACUGGGAAAGGUUAUGGACCACUGGUAUGAAAUUUACGGCAUGUAAGGCCUUGAAAGAAAACAUUAUGAAAAUGAUAUACAGGUGGUACAUGACCCCAGUUAAGCUUGCUAAGAUAUAUCAUCUGUCUGAUAACAAAUGUUGGAAAUGUAAGGAGGCUGAAGGGACAUUCUUUCACCUCUGGUGGACUUGUCCAAAAGUGAAGGCCUUCUGGGAAAUGAUCUAUAAUGAGUUAAAAAAGGUGUUUAAGUACACCUUUCCUAAGAAACCAGAGGCCUUCCUCCUGGGCAUUGUCGGCCAGAAGGUGUUAAAGAAGGAUAGAACUUUUUUUAUGUAUGCAACUACAGCAGCAAGAAUUCUCAUCGCAAAACACUGGAAGACUCAAGAUUUACCCACACUGGAAGAGUGGCAGACGCAAUUGAUGGACUAUAUGGAACUGGCCGAAAUGACUGGCAGGAUCCGAGAUUUGGGAGAAGAAGCAAUGGAGGAGGAUUGGAAAAAAUUUAAAGAUUAUUUACAAAAAUUUUAUAAGUUAUAUGAACGUUAAGAAUUCGCAUGAUUAGGGAAAUUUAGCUCCAGCAAUAAGAUUAAGGUAUGGUAAAUUAAGUUAUAUUAAUGAAAGGACUAAUGUUUAAAAUAAUAUCACAUACGUUUUUAGUGUAAAUUGACAAUAAGUAUUUUAAACUUAAAUUAUAAUUAUUUGAAAGAACAAAAGAAUGCACGAAAUAAGGUUAUAAUUUGCUGAAAAAUUUUAUUGUAAAGAACGCACGGUGAGGGAGACGUGGGGAAGUCCGGUUGGUUAUGGAAAAAUGUUUUGAAAGGAUGACUUUCUUUUUCUUUCUUUUUUUCUCUUCUGUUAUUUCUUUGUAUAUCUGACUUUGUAUCUCUAUCUGGAAAAAACGUAAUAAAAAAUAUUUUUUAAAAAAAUAUAUAAUGAACUGAAAAAGGUAUUUAAAUACACUUUCCUGAAGAAACCAGAGGCCUUUCUCUUGGGCAUUGUCGGCCAAUUGGUGCAAAAGAAGGACAGAACUUUAUUCAUGUACGCUACAGCAGCAGCAAGAAUACUCAUCGCAAAGUAUUGGAAGACACAAGAUCUACCCACCUUGGAAGAAUGGCAGAUGAAAGUGAUUGACUACAUGGAAUUGGCAGAAAUGACUGGCAGAAUUCGAGACCAGGGGGAAGAGACGGUGAAAGAAGAUUGGAAGAAAUUUAAAAACUAUUUACAGAAAUAUUGCAAAAUUAACGAAUGCUAGAAUGAUGUUGGAUUGAAGUUAAGUGGUUUCUAGCGGUAAUGGUAUAAAAGAAUAUGAAAAAAUUGGAUUUUAAACAGGUAAAAAUUUAAUACUAUAAUAUAUUAAGAUUAAAGAUCAGGAUAAAAUAAGGAUGGAAAGGAAUUGCUGAACUAAUAAAUUGAACUGGAAUACAAAAAAGGGAGGUAUGAGGAGGUCUGGGAAACAAGCAAAUGAAAGAUAAGUGACAAAAAGUUGGAAUUGUUUUUAACUGCUUUUUAUUUUGUAUUUUUUCUUUUUUCUUUUUCAUUAUGUAAUAUUGUGAAAACUUUAAUAAAUAUUUAUAUAUAAAAAAACAGAGUAGCAUCUGCAAAGACUAGGGGGGAAGAUGACUUUGCCAUGACAACUCAGAAUUGGACCUGUGCUAUUAUAUAAAAAAGAUAAAAUUCUACUUCUGCUACAGAAGAAACUUUUUUAAAAAUGCCUUUUAAUCCCUUUUAAAAUAAUUCACUUCUUCUACUACAGUGGUGCAAAAAUGCUCCUGUGUCAUGCAAUGCUAAUAAUGCCACAAAAUAGUAAUGAUAAUGAAACGAAGCUGCCCCUUUGAACUUGCGGGAUGACCAGACUGCAAUCUUCUGACCGAAGGAGCUACUUAGGUGGAUUCUGGCCCAGGAAGAACUUCUUUGGCCCAGAAAUGGAAGAAGCUCUUAAAUCUCCCCUGGUGGUCCAAGCACACGUGGGCUCUGGCUACUGCAGAGAAAAGAACUGACCAGUAGCAGAAAACCUGAAUUGCCAUCUGACCCAGUUAAGUGGCAGAGCAGUGGGGUCCCAAGGAAGGGUGGAAAAGCCCUAGGCUUGCAGAAGAGGGGUUUGGAAUGGGUGAAGUUUUGAGAAGCGCUGCUCUAUUCCUGUAUCUCUAGCCUCUUGGGCUGCCUUUGCUCUUCUCCAGACUAGUUUGUUGCGCUAGAAAACUUUCCCAUCCCAGUUCCGCAGUGGUUUUCAACAAGUUUGCUGUGGCACCUGGGGUGCCUUGAAUGAUGCUCAGGGGUGCUGCUGGCAACACUGGCCUCUGUCCCUCUUUCCUUACCUCCCUCCUGGGAUCUGCCAAAGGCUUGCGCAGCUGUUUGUUGCAGCAGCCCUGGCUACAAGCUCCGCUGGGGAAUGGUGCCUCUGGGGCUGGCCAGGGGGUGUUGGCUGCCAGGAGCUGAGGCGGCCUCGGAGGAAGCAAGGAAACUGGCGAGGGGCCCUUGCUGUUGGGAAGGGACAGACAAGUCCCAGGCCCCUGUGGGGCAGCGUGAGGAGGCACCUCUCUUUGUGGCAGCUCAGAGACCCAGAAGAGGACUCCUAAGGAGAGGGGAGAGGAGGCUGAGAGAGCUCUCCACAAGGGAGGGUGUUCGAGAAAGGGUGAGGGGCUGCAAGCUCUGCAAGCAAGGGGGGACCUAAAUGGGAUCCUGAGCCCCACAGGGACACCGCAGAAAGAAGGUAGUUGGUCAAGGGAGUCAUGCAAACCUCUAGACUCUUUUAUUUCCUCCGGUAAACUACUUUGCUAUUAUAGCAAGGCCACGGAGCCCAAGAAGCCAGUGUAAUAUUCAUCUCUCUGUGGGUCUCUAUCAAACCUGAGUUCUUCCUUUUCUCUUUAGGGAGAGAUCUGUAGCCGCCUGAAGAUUCUGAGGAGAGAGAGAGACGAAAUUCUGGCCUAUCAAGCAGCCCUGGACAAGGAAAGCAAAGACCUCCUUGUAAGAGUGUCUGUUGUUACUAGGGAGGGAACAAGCACUUGAAGAGUUGAGGCAGAACUGAGGAGGGAUGGGGAAAUCUGCCCAUUUCAGCUUCUCCCCAUUUCUCCUUUUUCCAUAUCAGUUUGUUUAUUCAUUUAUUAUUCUGAAAAUGAAUCAGAUGUUAGGGUAGCUACUUCCUUGUAUAAAUAUUUUUAUAUGUACUUUACCCUCAUAAAUACAUUGUUUGUGAACAAAAUUGACCUGGCUGGGUCAACCUUGAGCAAUUCAGAGGUAAGAAUUUCAAAGGAUUGCUCUGUUUUGGUCUCCAUAAUUUUUCAGCAAUAGCAACUUAGGUAAAUUCACUUUUGAAUGCAGCUAAUUUGAGUUUACGGUGGUAGCUUUAGUUAUGAACUUAAUUUGUUCUGGAGGUCCGUUCUUAACCUGAAACUGUUCUUAACUAGAGGCGUGCUUUUGCCAAUGGGCCCUCUUGCUGCCGCUGCGCUGCCGGCACACAAUUUCCAUUCUCAUCCUGGGGCAAAGUUCUCAGCUCAAGGUAACUCUUCCAAGUUAGUGGAAUUUGUAACCUGAAGUGUUUGUAAAUUCACUUUUGAAUGCAGCUAAUUUGAGUUUAUUUUCCAUUGUUGUUUAUUACAUGAAUAGCAGUGAAGGAGAAGCCUGAGGAAUUGUGAGCUGAGAGGCUGGAAGCAGGUCAAUUCAAAUCCUGAUUUACCAUCCAUAUUACUAAAGAGUUGUCUUUCUAAAUGUGCGCUAUUGUUCAUCGUAAGGAAAUUCAGGGAGCUAUGGGGAUAAACUCUGCACUUUCUCUUCAUCCGCCUCUGUUUCUGCGGCCUUCCUACACCUCAAUGGUCCCAGUCUAAACUGAGGGUGUUUUAUGUCCAUGGACGUUCUCUGGACAUCUAUGAACUCUGGUUAUGCCAUGCCCCAAAUCAUGCAGGGAAUAUCCUGUGGGGAUGUUCAGGGAGGCAGGAGAAGAUAUAUUAUUUUAUUAUAUCCUUCAUAACUUUCGCUAGCAAGUUCUAUAACUUAGCAGAGUUGUUAAAUAAUCCUCCUUUUAAAUUACACAGCGGUUAGCUAGUUGCAGGCUCAUCUGAGCCUCACUAUUUAGGAUUCCUGGUUUCCCCUUUUUAUAUCCCUCCUAAAAGAAUAGACACAACCAUCUGAUUAAAGUUAACAUAAAACUAGUUCACUUACAGUCAUCCACUUCACAAUGAGAUUCCUGAAGGCAGACUUAAUUUACAGAACAACAUAUAACUUUGUGAAUUAUCCCAUAAGGGAAAUAGUCUCAAGUGACUGCGACUGAGCAGUCACUUCUCCAAACUCUUAGGAACACACAAUGGAGAAGACACAGAGCAGAACAUGGAGGCCGUGUGCUCCUCUCCCAAGAACAGGCCACACUCACAUUCACUCACAUGCAAAGGAAGUCUGUCUCAGCUCACGAGGAACUAGCAAGUUUUCUCCUGAGUGAUACAAAGCAUUCCCCAGCAUGUGCAUUGUAAAAAGGUAAAGGUACCCCUGCCCGUACGGGCCAGUCGUGUCCGACUCUAGCGCUGUCCGGAGACACUUCCGGGUCACGUGGCCAGCGUGACAAAGCUGCUCUGGCGAGCCAGCACCAGCACAGCACACAGAAACGCCGUUUACCUUCCCACUAUAAAGCGGUACCUAUUCAUCUACUUGCACUUAGGGGUGCUUUCGAACUGCUAGGUGGGCAGGAGCUGGGACCGAACGACGGGAGCUCACCCAGCCGCGGGGAUUCGAACUGCCGACCAUACAAUUGGCAAGUCCUAGGCACUGAGGUUUUACCCACAGCGCCACCCGCGUCCCGUAUGUGUAGGACUGUUGUAUUUGCUUGCAAUACGUUUUUACAUCCCACAUAUCCAUUGCUAGAAAAAAAUGCUCCUUCUUUUAGGCUGUAGCCCUCUGCAAAAUAGAAGUCAACAGGAACAGCAAUGGAGAGGGCCUCCCCUCAAAAUAAAGGUUUACUUCUUUAGCCACUGGAGGUUUCAUGUGUAUGAAAAAUCAGAAGUGUCCUCCCUGUAGAAUUCUCACAAUUCUCUUCCUGAUGAUUUGAAGGCUGAUCACCUUCCACACUCAGACCUCCUCUUUUCUUGCAGAAAUUAACAGAAACGGAGAGGCUGAAGGCCGUGGAGAAGUUCAGAGAACUGCGCCAGUUCCUGGAAGAACAAGAAAAACGUCUGUUGACACACGUGGAAGAGGUGGAGAAGGAGAUUGCAGGGAGAAGGGAUGAGCAACUGGCCAAAUUCUCCAGGAAACUCUCCUCUCUGGAGAGGAUCAUCCAGGAGAUGGAGGAGAAGCGUCAGCAGCCAGCGAGUGAACUCCUGCAGGUAAGAUGGUGGCAGGAACAGCCCAAGGCUCCAGGAAAAGGCUGCCCCUUUCAUGUAUGCAAGGAGUGCAGGGGCUGAGUUGAUGGAGCCUCUAGUCAGGUUUGUAAUGGACAGGAAGACCCAAGAGACCUGGGAUGCUUAACUCACCUGAAUGCAGACAAGAGAUUCGUCUGUGUUCUUGAUGGAACGGGAGCUGAUCUUUUGCUUUUUGCUGAUGCUUUGUCUCCGAACGCCUUUCAGCUGUGGGGGGCUUUGUCUGGGAUGCGUUCAGGCCUCCUUCCGACAUGAGCCAGUCUCUUGACCAAGUUUCUCUUCCUGUUCCCUCCAUGAUUUCUGGGUUGAUCCCCUUCCCCAUGGAUACAGAUGGGCCCAAAAUGGUGCUCAGUCACAGUGACCAAAGAGCAAGACAGAGGGACUCAUCCAGACUGCUGCUUGUCCCACCCCUUUCCUCCAGGAAAACCCACUGUUUACUGCUGAAUUAGAGCAAACCUCAGCCAGGUUUUCUCCGGAUUGAUGUUUGCUUUGAUUUUGCACUAAGGAGCAGGUUUUUCCUGAGGGAAAGCGGCAGGGCAAAGACAAAACCACUUGGACUCGUGUUUUCUGGGCACAAGAAAAGCAGACGUGUGGGUGACCCCAAAGAAACACUGAGCUGUUUUAUUACCCCUUUGGAGGCAUUUUAUGCUGCAGGUGCUUUUUUUUAUUUCCAGAUGGAAAACAGAAUUUGAAAUUUGGGGACUAGGGACAGUGCCCUGGCAGGAUUAUCCUGUAGGCUUACGUUUGUCUGAAUAGCACAAUGCAAACUGGAUUAAAGUUUUUAAAUUAUGGAAAUGUGGAGAAAUUGAAAUCGGAACAAUUAAUAAUUUCAUAUUUGAAAAAUAAAAGCUGUGAGAAACCCAAACUGGCUGAUUCCGCCAUCCCUACCCAAAACCUUGGCAUGUGCCCAGCAGACUGACAUCUGAGGGCCAGGGUCUGAGGGGGUCUUCCUAGUGUGGCCUGUGGUGUGUAGUGAAUUCCCUUCUCUUUUCCCCUCUAGGAUGUGAGGAGGACCUUGCAGAGGUAAGUGGAUCUGGCUCAUUUCCAUUAGCAUCACUCUUUGAAGCUGAGAUGCAAGAACCUUAGACAUGGCCCUCCAGGGGCUGCAGGUGGGAGACUGUAGGACUCACUCCCUGCAGCACCUCACAGGUGAAAGUAGAGCCCCCUCUUCUGAACUUGUAGCCCCCCAACUCUCCCUCCAAGGUUCAAGGUCAACUGCCUCCUCCCUCCCUCCCCACAUCCCUUCACAAAGGGAUGGGGGCUCUUUUCGUUCUCUUGCACUUUCUGUCCAUGGACUUUUUGGUAAUUUCAAACGUCUAGAAGAGGAAGUCCCAAAGAUGCUUGGGAAGAGCUCAGGAUGUAGCAACAGAUUUCAAUGUCCAAGUAGCAUCUUCUCCAAGUAGCAGCCACCCAAUUCUUGGCAGCUUUGGACAUCACUCACAUCCUCUGGAGAAGCUCAGGGAGGGAGGGGUUGCAGGCAUUCCACCUCAGGGGUUUGGUUAAGUCCUGGCACCUUCCCAGAAAGCUGUUAGGGGGCAGCAUUCUUUGAAGCCAUGGGAGCCCUCCGGUGGUGUCGCUUGGGGUUACAUCUUGUCCCCUGUACUGUUUAGCAUCCUUACGAAGCCACUGACCAGGGCUUGGAGGUGGGUGUCAAGAGAUGAAGCUGAAUCCUGGAAAUUACCUGGUGGGAAAUGAACUUCAACUUUGUUCAUGUUAUUGAGAUCUCCUGCAAGAAUUAGGGAGAUGGGGCCACAAUGGGGCCAUUCAUUGUUUUUCUUUUCACCAGGUAUGAGGAAAGAGAGAGUCCAGAGAAGCCACUGGCUUUCCCUCCAGAGCUGAGGAACAGGAUCUUGGAAUCCUGUGAUUUAAAUCACCUUGUGGAGGAUAGAAUGAAUCUAUGGGAAGGUAAUGAAAAAUGGCUGCCAGGAUUUCACACUGGGAAUUCUGUUACUUCAGAACUGAACAUGUCAUCCUCUUAUUAUUGCAUGGAAUUGAGCAAUCCCAGGUUACCUUCCUUCUUGGUGCUCCAGCCUUCAUUUCCUGUCCCCCAGAAUGGCCCAUGUUAUGUAGUGUAGUUACACCCUGGGCCAACAGGGGGAUACUGUAUAUAGUUUUCACUCAGGUCUGUAGAUAGUUUUCACUCAGGUCCGCGCCAGUUAUUUUAGGCGGGAACUCUGGGCUGUUGUGGUUACAAUGUUGACAGCCGGCUGCCUAUAAAUACAGGCCGGCUGAGCUGUUCGCAGUCAGUUCUAUUCCAGCUUACCAUAAUAAAGAGCUACUUGAAGAAAUCGCUGUGCCGGCUGCUAUGUCAACCCACGACUCAACACUGGCGACGAGGAUGGGAUGGAUGGACAUCAGAGCACAGCCAGAUGCGGCCAGCCUCUGAACUGAGCUGAAUCACUGAGCUGAAUCACAGAGCGAAAUCACUGAGCGAAAUCACUGGGCAGAACCAAUUCAGAGCUGACUGUUCUGGCUAGAGCACUGUGUUCCAUCCAUCGCCCUUCACGCCGGCAUCGGAAUCAUGGCUUCACUUGUGCCUCUACUGCCGUUUGCGCCAGCCUCUGAAUCAUGGGACUCCUACCUCGCUCGGUUCGACUGCUACCUCCAAGCCAACGAGCUGACAGCAGUAUCAAAGGAUCGGAAGCGGGGCCUAUUCCUCAGCCUCUGUGGGCCUGAGGUGUUUGAGACGGCCCGAGCGUUGGUUGCGCCUGAAGCAGUCCAGGCAACACCAUGGGACACGAUCCAAGAGAAGCUCCGCAACCACUACGCACCAAAGCCGUCCAAGAUUGCUGCCCGCCAUGCGUUCUACCACCGGAACCAGGCAGAGGGGGAGUCAAUCAACAACUACACCACCGCCCUGCGACAGGCUGCAAUGCACUGUGAGUUCCGAGACUUAGACGAUGCCCUGAUGGAUCGAAUCGUCUGCGGGGUCCGGGACAUCCAUCUGCAACGGCGCCUCCUAGCCAAGCCAGACCUCACGCUACAGAAAGCCAUUGAGGAGGCUGUGGCCUCAGAAGCUGCUGAACGCUCCGCCCAGGAGAUCCGCAAGUCCAGCAGCCCGCGUCUUGCUAGGGAGCCAGUUCCGGUGCAUCAUGAAGAGGCCAGCAGUGAGGAGGCAUCCUCCAGUGAAGACGAUGACGUGCACCAGACAAAGCGGGAGCGCAGGAAGUUCCAACAGAAGUCCAAGGGCCAACCGGAAUGUGCUGGCUGCGGAGGCAACCAUUCCCGUGCCAAGUGUCGAUUCAGAGACGCCAUCUGUAGGAAGUGUUCCAGAAGGGGCCACAUCGCUAAGGUCUGCCGAUCGGCUCCGUCUGACACCCCCUUCAUCGACUCGCAAGUCCAAGUCUUCACUCCAGUCUGCCAAGGAAAGUUGUUUCGCUCUCACCAACUGCCGCUGCCCGUCUGGAACCACGAUUGGCCAAACCGACUCGCCUACGCGACGCAAGCUGAACGUCACGGUGCUCAUUGAAGGAGCUCCAUGUGACAUGGAGAUCGACACCGGGUCUGCCCUGUCCAUCGUGUCAUGGAGCACCAUCAAAAGACUGGUACCCAGAGUGUCCAAAAGGCAACUCGACUCUCACCGCGUACACCUGAGAGACUACCAGGGAAACGACAUUCCCGUGGUAGGCGUUGGCCGGUUCCGGAUCGCCUUCAAGGAUUUUUCGGGCCUGCUCCGGUUGGUGGUGGUCGAAGGUCAGCGGCCAAGCCUCCUAGGGCUAGACUGGUUUGAUGCCCUCGGCCUGGAAGUCACCGGCAUCAACUGCAUCUCUAAUGCAGAGACUGAGGGUCUGGUCAAAGACUUUGCCGAGGUUUUUGACGGCACCUUGGGCCAAUAUACAGGUACGCCCAUCUCCUUUAGCCUUGAUCCACAAGUCGCCCCCAUCAAGCUAAAGCCACGCCGGGUUCCCUUUGCUCUCAAGGCUAAGGUGGACGAACAACUGGACAAACUGAUCGCCCAAGGAGUUUUGGAGCCGGUUGACCACGCAAAGUGGGAAACCCCCAUCGUCACGCCUGUCAAGCCAGAUGGGUCGGUGAGAAUCUGCGCUGACUACAAGUGCACGAUCAACAAGGCACUUCAGCAGCACGCUUAUCCGGUUCCUGUUGUCCAACACCUGCUGCAUUCCCUGGGUGAGGGUAAGGUCUUCGCUAAGCUGGACCUUGCCCAAGCCUAUCAACAACUGCCAGUCGAUGACGCCACUGCUGAAGCCCAGACGAUCGUCACCCACCGGGGGGCAUUCCGUUGCCGCCGGUUGCAGUUCGGGGUGAGUGUGGCUCCUGGCAUCUUCCAAAGCCUUAUGGAGCGUCUCCUGCAAGGGCUUCCAGGCGUGGUACCAUAUUUUGAUGACGUCUUGGUGUCUGCAGACUCACACCAGCAGCUGUUCGAGCGCCUCCGUGCCGUGCUGACCAGGUUCCAGGAGGCCGGGCUCAAGGUAAAGAGGGAGAAGUGCCAGAUCGCCGUUCCACAGGUAGAGUUCCUGGGCUAUCUUAUCAAUGCCUCCGGUCUUCAUCCAACCACAUCCAAGAUCCGCGCUAUCCAGCAGGCCCCCACUCCAAAGAACAAAACAGAGUUGCAGGCAUUCCUGGGGCUGCUGAACUUUUAUAACAUGUUCCUGCCCCACAAAGCCACAGUGGCUGAGCCUCUUCACCGACUCCUUAGCACUAAGACGCCUUGGGCCUGGGGUCAUCGGGAGACGGCGGCCUUCAACGCGGUCAAGGCUCUCCUUUCUUCAGACAGUGUGCUGGUACAGUACAGUGAAUCCAGACCGCUGGUCCUUGCCUGCGACGCCUCACCUUUUGGCAUCGGGGCUGUCCUUAGUCACCGUUUUCCAGAUGGAAGAGAAGCACCGCUCGCCUACUUUUCCAGGACACUAUCUCCAACGGAACGGAAUUACAGCCAGCUCGACAAGGAGGCAUUGGCACUUGUGGCUGGAGUGAAGAGGUUCCAUGAAUACCUCUAUGGCAGGACUUUUGACCUCAUCACUGACCACAAGCCACUCCUGGGCCUCCUCGCCGGUGAUCGUCCAACUCCACCGGUCCUCUCACCACACAUGCUGCGAUGGACUGUUUUCCUGGCUGCCUACCACUACCGGCUCAUCCAUCGCCCGGGGAAAUCGAUGGGCCAUGCCGACGCCCUCAGCCGUUGCCCUCUUCCAGCAUUUGUGGAAGACCCGGCUCCAGCUUCAUCGCUCCUUCUGAUUGAGGAUCUUCCGGCAGCGCCUGUAUCGGCUGCCACUGUGGCCUCCGCAUCUGCCCAGGAUCGCACCAUCAGCCGGGUGCUCAACUGGGUGUGGAGGGGGUGGCCACAAGGGCCCUUUGCAUCGGAGUUCCAGCCCUUCGCAACCAGACAACAUGAACUCUCAGCUCAUCGCGGCUGUCUGCUGUGGGGAGACCGCGUCGUGAUUCCCCAGGGACUCCGUCAGCGCGUCCUGGAGGCUCUGCACGUUGGCCACCCGGGAAUUGUCAAAAUGAAGGCGUUGGCUCGGUGUUACGUCUGGUGGCCUAAUAUGGACGAUGCCAUCACUGCCUGGGUGUCCGCCUGUCAAGCGUGCCAGGAGUCGAGGCCUGCACCACCGGCAGCUAAGGGACACACCUGGGAGACGCCAAAGACACCCUGGUCGAGGGUGCACAUCGAUCUGGCUGGCCCCUUUCACGGCCGGACCUUUAUGGUAGUGGUGGACGCCUAUUCCAAAUGGCUGGAGGUCGCCCUGAUGCCCUCCACCACUACCGAAGCUGUCAUCCGGGUGCUGCGAGGCCUGUUUGCAACGCAUGGGUGUCCUGAUGUCCUUGUCUCUGACAACGGACCGCAGUUCACGUCAGGCACGUUUGAGCGAUAUCUUUUGGGACUGGGCAUCCGCCAUGCCCUAACGGCACCCUUUCAUCCAUCCAGCAACGGGCAAGCGGAAAGAAUGGUGCGCUCGACAAAAGAGGCACUGGCGCGCCUGGACCGGGGAGACUGGCAUGAGCGGGUCGCCGAAUACUUGUUCGUGCAACACAUCACCCCUCACGCGGCCACAGGGAGGAGUCCUGCUGAACUGCUUAUGGGCCGCCGCCUCAGGUCACCGCUCGACCGGCUACACCCAGACUUUGCCGUGGCUGAACCCCCAGGCUGUGCCAACGCACCACGGUCAUUUGUCCCAGGAAACCAGGUCUUUGCCCGGAACUAUGUGGGGGACAUCCCUUGGGUGCCAGCCACAGUAGUGGGAGUCACUGGACCUCGCUCGUACCAGGUGGCACUCGAAGACGGACGCUUGUGGCGACGGCACAUAGACCAGCUUAGGCACAGGGUUGGGGACUUGGACACUACCGAGGUGCCCCCAACUGCGCUGGCGGCUCCAGAAGAGACACGUACAGAUGGCGAGGCCCCACCUACACCUCCCUCGCAAACUGCCAGCGUGGAGCCGAACCAAGCCGUUUCAGAACAGGCUCAGACCACUCCACUUGCGGAGGCUCCACCCACAGCAGCGGAUCCAGGGGAGUUGGUUCCAACGCCACCUAGGGUCGCACCACAGCCUCAGCGAGAACUGUGUGGCCCUCCGGACUUGGCUACCAGCCCCCGGCGGUCUGGCAGAGUUUCCAAGCGCCCAACUCAUUUAAAGGACUAUGUUGUUGGACAGGUAUCACUGUUGGUCUAA